CGCGACACAAGACGUUGAAGCAAUAGCAGUCGUUGUCGAAGUAGGUGGUACAAAGUUUCUUGCCAGCACCACGUAAAACAGCCCCUCCUACCUCGUGUGCAUCUCUGUCACGCUGCUACCACACCUCACUCAUGCAGAUACGGUCUAAUUAGUUUCACCUUGGCGGGGUGUCGUUGUCGUACGGACGUACACUUAUAGUUUUCACGUGUUUUUCUUUCUGGCUUCAUUCUUACUCCCCCUUCCCAUUGCUUUCCGUCCUGCAGCAGGACAGAAACGGCAAGGAGAGAUAGAGAUAGAGAGAGCGAGCACGAGCUCGUAUGUAUUGUACCACGACGGCAUAUUACGAGGUCAUGGAACCAUGUGUCACGACGGACAAAAGCUUUGCGUGCGUGUAUGUGCGACUAAGUCCCUCCUUUUUUCUCUUUUCUGUCAAUGGCAGCAAGACGAUCAGCCAGUUCGGUGUGAUUCGUAUCCUAAGGCCAAGUCGAUCCCGAAGUCGCAGUUUUCGAGGGCAAGAUCUUCUUUGCAUCCCCGGCCUCGGGAGAGAGAGGGCAGUGUAAGAAAAAAUCAGUAUUGUAUUGGUAUUGCCAUCGUUUCCCAAACUGCAAACGAGAGCGAUACACAUGCGCACACGCACACGCACACGGGAUGGCGGCGCCACACGACGCCCCAACGAAAACAAUCGCCCGGCCAGCGGGCCGUGUGCAUGUCAAGACAGCCCCGGUGUGGACGGUUUGACGAGAGCAAGCCGUGGCAGCCACGCGGAGGGCUGAAGAUAAGCGCAUCUGUUUUAAAAGGGGAAAAGGGGGUCUGUGGCUUCUCGUGUGAUUCGUAUGGCGCACCACCGUGUCCUAUGUCUCAGAAUGCGCAGAUGAGCAGGCCAGCCACCGGUGAUGAAGGAAAGGAGCUGAGACAUCUCCAACGAAGCGCGGACAAACUCGAAAAAGAAAGCCAACACAAUGUUCGGGAUUGGGCAAAGAAGCCGAUCUCUCCACGACGAGACGGGCCCCGAGUAAAAGAAGGAAGUGUCUAUUUGUUCCGAUAAGGGCGGUUUCUUUUUUUGCUCGAGCCUUCGUAUCUUGUUUUCGUGGGCUGAUGAGAUAUCAAGACGAUCAGCGGGCUCUUGAAUUUCGAUCUUCAACAAGAACACGCGGCCCUCGACAAAAUAGAUCUAGCAAUGGCUGCAUCCAAUCACGACGCUUCACCGGAGCUUACAAGCUCCUAUCGACCGGGCUAGCUAUCAAAAGUUCAACGCCCCAUUAAAGCUGGCGUCUAAAUAAAAAGCGAGGUCGUGGGGGCCUGGUGGUAAGAAAGCUACGGAAUAACCCGCAUUGCCUCUUUCGAUGUCGAAAGCAAUUGAUUGACUG